UUCGCUCACUACGUGAGCUCUUGAGCUCUCAUACUCCCACAGAAAUCACUACCCUCCCUCCCCCCUCUCUCUCGCCCCUUCUCUGUUCUACAAUCCAUCGAUCAAAUUGACUCCUCUCCGUCUCUCAUCUGUCUACCAUGGCAGAACAUUUGAGGAAACUCUGUGAAUUCUUCUUGGACGACAAGUCAUCUACGAGCGAUCUAUCCCAGAGGCUCUGCUCUCGGGAUCCUUCGUUGAAGCUUGGGCUCGAGCAGUUCUAUUUGAUUCUUAAAAGUGCAGUCGAGGUGAUCGGAGACGGCAGCUUAGGGUUCCAAUCAUGGACUGAUUCGCAGAUUGAAGCCGUUGUCUCGUUAGGUAGCGCCAUCGCUUCAAUUUCUCGAUCCUUAUCAGUGGAGCAAGUGGAUCCAAUAGUUUUUGCACUUGUGCACCAGUUGUUGGAGUUUGCUGUUUGCUAUUUGGAGAACUCAAAGUUCAAAAGUGACGAUUUGAGUACACAGAGCAAUAUCGUACAACUUCUGGAGAUAUCAUUGGUUGAAGGAAUGGAUAAAGCAUUUGACCUUUUGAGGCCUUCUUCAAUAAGUUUCCUUCUAGACUUGUUGCCAAUGGUGUCGAGUGAUUGUGAUGGUAUUGAGUUGGAUAACCACAUAAAAUGCAGUCUUCAAGGAGUCAGUUGCUCAAGGGAAGAGAAACCGGUGGAUCGACUUUUAAUGACAUUAGCAUCUGAAUGUAUGCAACCUGACUGGCAGUCUUCUGGUUUUGGUGGAACCACAUUUCCUAAAAAAUUUAUUUUCGUAUCCCAGCAUUGGGCUGUUGCACAUGUGGAAUGUAUUAAACGUCUGAUUUUGUGCUGCCAAAAAAUAGUUGAAGUGUCUGACAUGUUUGAUGAGAAGUUGGCAGCAACAAAUUUUCGGAAGAUAAUUUCUUUCAUUUUGAGGAUUUUAAAGUUACUCGGAAGUAUUACAAAGGAUGUUCCAUAUGUUGAAUAUGAUGUCUCAUUGUUACGAGCAUUUGCUUCAUUUGCUGAUGUGUUGCCCACCUUGUUCAGACUUGGUUUUGACUUUGUAAGUAUCCAUGUUGCUGCGGAUGUUAGUGUAGAGAGCCUUGCUCUGCUUCUAUUAGAGGAGUUUCUUCAUCUUGUCCAAGUUAUUUUUGGCAACAGCUUCUUUUUUCAGAAUAUCCAAGUGUGUAUAAUAGCUUCUCUAUUGGGCAAUUUGCAUUCUUCGUUAUGGAGAUACAACAAAUCUGCUGCUACCCUAAAGCCCCCUUUGGCAUACUUCCCUCGAAUUGUUGUCUAUAUAUUCAAAGCUAUUCAGGAUCUCAAGAGACAAACACUUGUGGCUCUUGAUGUGCAGGAGUUUAAUGCUGAGCUCCAUGGAAGUCGUGCUGAUUUAUCCCCAAGACCUGUGUCUUGCAUUGCACGUGUUGUGGAGGUUCCUUUGCUAAAGAAAUUAACUAUUGAAGAACUCUCAAAGGUUCUAUUCCCGCCAUCUUCUCAGUGGAUGGAUGAUCUGCUGCAUCUUUUAUUUUUCCUUAAUUCUGAAGGGGUAAAAUCAGGGUCCAAGGUCGAGAGACCGCCUUCUUGUUCAAAACCUAAUGGCAACUUGGAGCUGGAAACUUCAGUUUGCCAUGAAGAUGAAGCCCUUUUUGGGGAUCUUUUCUCUGAGGGCGGUCGCUCAGUGGGGUCAACCGAUGGAUAUGAACAAUCACAAGUUGUUGCCAGUUCUAGCUCCGGCAAUUACAAUAUGUUAAUGCAAGCUGCUAUUGAAUUGCUGAACUUUCUUAAAGUUUGUGUUUUCUCUGAUGAAUGGCUUCCUUCUGUCUUUGAGGAUGGCUCUAAAAAGCUUGGUCAGGAUCAUAUUGUCUUAUUGCUUUCCAUACUCAAUGGCCAGGGGUGUUUUUCUGAAGACAAGACUUCUGAUAGCUGUGCAACCUUGCAUGAAGAGAGGAAGAUUGUGUGUGUCGAGGGACUUUGCUUUGAACUACUGCACAAUCUUAUAACGGGCCAUGUUUUGUCUGAUUUACUUGAAGAAUACCUUGUGGAGCGAAUUAUGGAUGUUGAAGAUGGUGUCUUUAUUUACAAUGAUCACACCUUGUCCUUGCUAGCCAACACUCUUUUCUGUAGGAUGGGUGUGCCUGGUAGCAAGUUAAGAGCCAAACUUUAUGGAGUAUUUGUUGGAUUUAUAAGGGAGAAGGCUAAAGCUGUUUGUUCCGGAUUUCUUAGCUUCAAGGAACUUCUCAGAACUCUUCCAUCCCUGUUUCACAUUGAGAUCCUUCUAAUGGCAUUCCACUUAUCAUCUGAAGAAGAAAAGGCAUCGCUGGCAAGCUUAAUAUAUUCCUCCCUGCAGACAAUUGAUGCCCCAACUGUAGGAUGUAGUACUGGGAAACUUUCAUGUUGGGCUUUACUUAUCUCCAGAAUGCUAUUAUUACUUCGUCACAUGUUAUUUUACCCACAUACUUGUCCUUCAUGGUUGCUUCUAGAUUUGCGAUCAAAGCUGAGAGGGGCUCCAGUAUCAGUUUCUCAGGUGCCUAAUUCUGUAAAUGGUCAUUUUACAUCUUGGGUAUCCAUUGCUGUUAAGAGUAUUAUGUGGGUUGAAGAAGAACCUGUCAUCAAUUGCUUGAUCAAUCAACUGGUUGAUGUUGUGGCUCUUCCUCCACUUUAUAAAGAUGGAUCGUGCAUUAAGUCCUUGGGAUUAACUUGGAAGGAUAUUACUGCUACCUUCUCAUGGAUUCUGGGAUUAUGGAAUGGUAAGAAAGCUGUUGAGGUGGAUGACCUUAUUACUGAGAGAUACAUUUUCUCACUUUGUUUGGAUAUUCCCAGCAUUUCCUCAUUUUCCACCCUUCAACUUUCACAAUGGAAUGAUUCCAAUACUCUGGACUUGUCUAGUAUGAGUCAUCUCUUCCACUUCAGCCAUUCACUCUUGGGACUUCCUGAUGCUUGUGAAAAGGGAAUCAACUUUCCAGAUGCUUUAGUCGGUAUUCUGCAGCAUCUCUGUGAGGAACAUGUAGCAGAGGAUGUCGAAGAGCUAGGAUGGGAUUUCCUGAGAAAUGGGUUGUGGCUAUCUCAGGUACUCUCCUUAUUCAGUGUUGGCAUUGAUAGAUAUUGCGCGAAUCAAUCAGGAUUUCCAGUGGAUUCAUUUCGGAUGGAGAAAACACCGCAGGGGUGUAUCACUGUUGCAGAAGGUCUGAUCUCCUCGGUAAUUGGGGGUGGGAAAAUUGCAAUGGUACUACGAAUGUUGUCUUCCUUGUUGAGCAGAUACUUAAAAACUUAUCAGAAAGCUUUCGUUGCCACCCUCGGAGAUGGCCACUGCAAUGCUGAUAGGUUUUCAUCACUUCUGCUUCUCAAACAUCCUGGAAUUGAUAAAUCCCUGCAAGAUGAACUACUCGAUAAGACUGGCAACACUUCAUGGCAGCUUGGGGCUGUUUUUGAUCUAUUAACAAAGGUGGAUGCAACCGUUGACAAGAAAGUUCCAGGCAUUCUCUGCAAGGUGUUUUGGGAGUCUAUGCUGCAUGGUUUUCCAUCUUACAGUCGAACUCCCAGUGGACUCCUCCUUUCUUGUAUUCUCAGCAUCCAAGGUAUCAUUUCAGUUCUUGAUGGGCUGCUAAGACUGGAGGAUUUGAAAGGAAAAAAUGAUGUUGAAAAAGAGGUUGUCUGUCGGAUUCUUGAUUCAUUGAUGAUAAUGAAGUUCGAUAAGAUCUUUGAAAAUCUUCAUGUUAAAUGUGAUGCCGUUUAUUGCAACUUAAGUGUUGACUUGGCACUGUCAGACUAUACUACUUUGUAUCUGCUGAAGCACAUGGAAGAGCUUUUAAGGGGAAUUAUCUUGGGACAAGUUAAUAGCAACAGUAUAGUUGAAUGGGUGAUUGUCAAAUUUAUUGAUACCAUGGAAAGCAUCAAGAAAGAAGAUUCUUCAUACGCUAUACUGAAUUUUUAUCUUGGAGCAAAAAAUGUGCCUGAUCAGCUCAAAGAGUUUGGUAGCUUGCUCUGUGGAGACCUGUUGGUGCUUUUGGACUCUCUAGAUGGUUGUCAUUCUGAAUUGGCAAAUGUUAAGGUACUCAAUUUCUUUGUUGAUCUCUUAUCAGAACACCAGUUUUCUGAUCUCAAACAGAAGAUACAAAACAAAUUCCUCAGUGCGGAUGUGCUUACAUUGUCGAAAUGGUUGGAGAGGAGGCUUUUAGGUUGCAUUACAGAAGUUUCUACUGAUGUCAAUUUUGCCAAGGGAAAUUCUCCCUCUCUUAGAGAGUCAACUAUGAAUUUUGUUUUGUGUCUUUCAUCCUCACCUUCUGAAAUAUUGUCAAGAGAACUACAGAAUCAUUUAUUUGAAGCUGCGCUGAUAUCACUUGAUAUUGCAUUUUCCCAGUUUGAUGUUCACAUUGCUAAGUCCUUUUUUUAUUUUGCCGUUCAACUUUCAAGAAGUGAGAAUUCAAUGAAAUUCCUCUUGAAAAGGACAGUAAUAUUGAUGGAGAAGAUGGCUGGUGAAGAACGCUUGCUUCCAGCACUCAAGUUUCUCUUCGGUUUUCUCGGUACUAUACUGAAUGAAUGUGGUUCUUGUAAGGAUAUUCCAGAAAAGGCUUCUGUGAAGUUGAUUCCUUGCAAUAGUCCUAGGUCGGGUCCUAUAGUAUCUAGACCAGUAGGAUCAAGGAAGAAUACAGAGACGUUGGCUCUUUCUGCAAAUCAAGGAGGAUCCAUGUCUUUCGAAUGUGAUGCAACUUCCGUAGAUGAAGAUGAGGAUGAUGGAACGUCUGACGGCGAGGUAGCAAGCAUAGAAAAAGAUGAUGAAGAUGAUACAAACAGUGAAAGGACGCUUGCCUCAAAAGUUUGUACUUUUACAUCCAGUGGCAGCAACUUCAUGGAGCAACACUGGUAUUUUUGUUAUACUUGUGAUCUGACUGUGUCAAAAGGCUGUUGUUCUGUGUGUGCAAAGGUAUGCCAUCGUGGCCAUCGUGUUGUUUAUUCCCGCUUAAGCCGAUUUUUUUGUGAUUGUGGAGCUGGGGGGGUAAGAGGUAGCAACUGUCAAUGCUUGAAACCCCGAAAAUUCAGCGGAAGUGACAACGCCCCUGUACGUAGUGCCAAUAAUUUUCAGUCAUUUUUGCCAUUCUCAGAGGACGUAGAGCCCGAAAGUGAUUUGGAUCUGGAGGAAGAUGGCAAUACAGAUACAGAUAACUCUCUAAGGUUAUCUAUUCCAAGAGAGCUUCAAGAUGGGAUACCAAGGUUGCUUGAAGAUCUUGAUCUUGAGGAUCGGGUGCUUGAACUUUGCUCUUCGCUAUUGCCUUCCAUAACAAGCAGAAGAGAAUCAAAUUUAACAAAAGAUAAGAAAAUUAAUCUGGGUGAAGACAAGGUGAUUUCUUUUGGCACUGAUGUAUUGCAAUUGAAGAAAGCAUACAAAAGUGGGUCACUGGACUUAAAGAUUAAGGCUGACUAUUCAAAUGCAAAGGAUCUGAAAUCACAUUUAGCUUUGGGUUCUCUUGUAAAAUCUUUGCUCAGUGUCAGUAUUCGUGGUCGACUUGCUGUUGGAGAAGGUGACAAAGUUGCUAUGUUUGAUGUAGGACAACUAAUUGGACAAGCUUCCGUUGCUCCUGUAACAGCAGACAAGACCAAUGUAAAGCCCCUCUCAAGGAAUGUAGUUCGCUUUGAAAUUGUACAUCUUUGUUUUAAUCCAGUGGUGGAGAGCUAUCUUGCUGUGGCGGGUUAUGAGGACUGCCAGGUCCUCACUCUUAAUCCUCGUGGUGAAGUGUCUGACCGUCUUGCCAUUGAACUUGCACUGCAAGGUGCCUACAUCAGGCGUAUAGAUUGGGUUCCAGGUUCCCAGGUUCAGUUGAUGGUUGUUACCAAUAAGUUUGUCAAAAUAUAUGAUCUAUCACUGGACAAUAUCAGCCCCCUGCACUACUUCAUGUUGCCUGACGACAUGAUUGUUGAUGCAACACUCAUUACAGCUUCUCAAGGAAGAAUGUUUCUUAUUGUUAUGUCUGAAAAUGGAAACUUGUUUAGGUUGGAAUUGUCUGUUGAAGGAAAUGUUGGGGCAACACCCUUGAAAGAAGUUAUACGGAUUCAGGACAGAGAAAUCCAUUCUAAGGGCACAUCUUUGAGUUUCUCUCGUACUUAUAAGCUUCUGUUUCUAUCAUAUCAAGAUGGAACUACUUUAAUUGGUCGGUUAAGUUCUGAUGCAACAACUCUAGGUGAGAUAUCUUCCAUUUAUGAGGAACAAGAUGGUAAGUUGAGAUCAGCUGGAUUGCAUCGUUGGAAUGAGUUGCUGGUUGGUAGUGGAUUGUUUGCUUGCUCCGCAGGUGUGAAAUCAAAUACUGGAGUUGCCAUCUCCAUGGGGACUCAUGAGUUGCUUGCACAGAAUUUACGACAUACAGUGGGCUCAACGUCGCAUUUAGUUGGGAUGACUGCUUACAAGCCUUUAUCUAAAGACAAGGUCCAUUGUCUUGCUCUGCAUGAUGAUGGCAGCCUUCAAAUAUACUCAUACGUCCCUCCAGGAGUUGAUCCUGCUGCAAAUGUGACAGCAGAGAAAGUUAAAAAGUUGGGUCCUGAUAUCCUUAACAAUAAAGCUUAUGGUGGUACAAAGCCAGAAUUCCCCCUUGAUUUCUUUGAGAAAACAGUAUGCAUAACUUCAGAUAUAAAACUUGGUGGUGAUGCAAUUAGGAAUGGUGAUUCUGAAGCAGCAAAGCAGAGUCUAGCUUCAGAGGAUGGCUUUUUGGAGAGUCCCAGUGCUACAGGAUUUAAGAUAUCUGUCAUCAAUUCAAACCCUGAUAUUGUCAUGGUUGGUUUUCGAGUGCACGUGGGAACUACCUCAGCCAACCAUAUUCCGUCUGAAAUUUCCAUUUUUGAGAGGGUAAUCAAAUUAGAUGAGGGCAUGCGGUCCUGGUAUGAUGUACCAUUUACGGUUGCUGAAUCUCUCCUUGCUGAUGAAGAGUUCAUAAUAUCUGUCGGGCCAACUUUCAAUCGCUUGACCCUCCCCCGUAUAGAUGCACUUGAAGUUUAUGGCCGAGCUAAAGAUGAAUUUGGUUGGAAGGAAAAGAUAGAUGCUGUGUUAGAUAUGGAAGCUCGCGUGAUUGGUUGCAACUCCAUGCUUUCAGGGUCCGUGAAAAAGUGCCGGUCGAUGCAGUCUGCGCCAGUUCAGGAGCAGGUGGUAGCAGAUGGCUUGAAGCUUCUCUCCAGGUUUUAUACGUUGUGCAGAUUGGAAGAAGAGGAAAUAAAAGCCAAGCUGAGCAAACUUAGGUGCAAACAAUUGUUAGAAACAAUAUUCGAGUGUGACAGUGAACCUUUGUUGCAGGCUGCUGCUUGCCGUGUCCUGCAGGCAGUCUUUCCCAGAAAAGAAGCAUAUUAUCAGGUCAAGGACACCAUGCGCCUUCUUGGGGUUGUGAAAUCAACAUCUGUGCUUGCAUCAAGGCUGGGAAGCAGUGGUACUGCCGGAGGGUGGAUUAUUGAAGAGUUUACUGCUCAGAUGCGCGCUGUAUCCAAAGUAGCAUUGCAACGUCGGUCUAAUUUAGCCCUGUUUUUGGAGAUGAACGGUUCUGAAGUCGUUGCUGGGCUUAUGGAAGUCCUGUGGGGCAUUUUGGAUUUAGAGCUGCCCGAGACCCAAACUAUGAACAACAUUGUCAUAUCUUCUGUUGAACUCAUUUAUUGUUAUGCUGAAUGUUUGGCUUUAAAUAAGAGGGAUAUGGGGGGGCAUUCUGUUGCCCCUGCAGUCAUUUUACUCAAGAAACUUCUGUUCUUCCCCAAUGAGGCUGUUCAGACUUCUAGCAGCCUGGCUAUAUCAUCCAGAUUGCUUCAAGUUCCCUUCCCAAAGCAAACAAUGUUGGUCACUGAUGAUGCUAUUGACAGUGUUGUAACUAGCUCUGCACCAGCAGAAACCAUGGGUGGAAAUACACAGAUCAUGAUUGAAGAAGAUUCUAUGACCUCAUCUGUGCAAUACUCUUGUGAUGGUUGCUUCACUGUUCCUAUAAUUAGGCGGAGAUGGCAUUGCACAAUUUGUCCUGAUUUUGACUUGUGUGAAGCGUGUUAUCAAGUUCUUGACGCAGAUCGGCUUCCUCCACCCCAUUCUAGAGAUCAUCCUAUGACCGCAAUUUCGAUAGAGAUGGAAUCUUUAGGAGAUGGCAAUGACAUCAACUUGUCUACUGAUGAUGCAAGCGAUUCAAGCUCACUACCAGUCACAGCAGAAGUCAUUGUGCAGAGCUCUGCUCCUUCAAUUCAUGUCUUAGAACCCAAUGAAUCUGGUGAUUUUUCUGCCUCAGUGGUGGAUCCGGUUUCAAUUUCUGCUUCAAAGCGAGCUGUGAAUUCGUUACUUCUCUCUGAGCUUCUUGAACAGUUGAAAGGGUGGAUGGACACAACAUCUGGUAUUCGAGCUAUCCCUGUCAUGCAACUCUUCUACAGGUUGUCAUCUGCUGCAAGUGGACCUUUUAUAGACAGCUCAAAGCCUGAUAGCCUGGAUUUGGAAAAAUUGAUCAAGUGGUUUGUAGAUGAAAUUGAUCUUAAUAAGCCUUUUAUAGCCAAAAGCCGUUCUUCUUUUGGGGAAGCUACAAUCCUUGUUUUCAUGUUCUUCACCUUGAUGCUCCGGAACUGGCACCAGCCUGGCAGUGAUGGAGUCAUUACGAAAGCAAGUGGACACACAGAUACACAUGAUAAAAAUUCUAACCAGGUCUCCUCUUUAGUUAGCUCCCAGUCUUCCUUGGAUGAUCAAGAGAGAGACUUUGCAUCUCAGCUGCUCCGAGCCUGCAAUUUUCUUAGAAACCAAGCUUUUAUCAAUUAUCUAAUGGAUAUUCUGCAGCAGCUAAUGCAGAUUUUUAAGUCUCCAGCAGUAAAUUUUGAAACAUCUCAUGGUUUGAACACUGGUUCUGGAUGCGGCUCUCUACUAACAAUUCGGCGAGAUUUACCUGCUGGUAAUUUUUCUCCCUUCUUCUCAGAUUCGUAUGCGAAAGCGCAUAGGAAGGAUAUUUUUAUGGAUUAUCAUAGGCUUCUGCUUGAAAAUGCUUUCCGGCUGGUGUAUACAUUGGUGAGGCCGGAAAAACAAGAUAAGACUGGGGAGAAAGAGAAGGUUUUCAAGAUAUCCUCUAGCAAAGAGUUGAAGCUAGACGGAUAUCAGGAUGUCCUCUGCAGUUACAUCAAUAAUCCUAAUACAACAUUUGUCAGAAGAUAUGCAAGGCGGCUUUUCCUGCAUCUUUGUGGAAGUAAGACUCACUACUAUAGUGUUCGAGACUCAUGGCAGCUCUCAAAUGAGGUGAAAAAAUUUUAUAAGCAUGUGAGCAAAUCUGGUGGUUUUCAAAAUGCUGUUCCAUAUGAGAGAAGUGUGAAGAUAGUAAAGUGCUUAUCUACUAUGGCUGAAGUGGCUGCUGCACGGCCUCGGAAUUGGCAGAAGUACUGUUUGAGACACGGAGAUGUUUUGCCCUUUCUGAUGAAUGGAAUAUUCUAUCUUGGUGAAGAGUCAGUUAUUCAGACACUUAAACUUUUAAAUUUGGCCUUUUAUUCAGGGAAGGACAUGGGACAUUUUUUGCAGAAAGCUGAUGCUGGGGACUCAGGAACUAGUUCUAACAAAACGGUUACACAUUCUUUAGAAACAAAGAGGAAGAAAAAAAGUGAAGAUGGUAUUGAAUCUGGCAUAGAGAAGACCUAUUUGGAUAUGGAGGCAGUUGUAGAUAUUUUCACCGACAAGAAUGAUGAUAUCUUGGGGCAAUUUAUUGAUUGCUUUCUACUGGAAUGGAACUCAAACUCUGUACGCGCGGAGGCGAAGUUUGUUCUUUGUGGAGUGUGGCAUCAUGGAAAGCAUUCAUUCAAGGAAGCCAUGUUAACAUCUCUCCUGCAAAAAGUGAAAUGCCUACCAAUGUAUGGCCAGAAUAUUGUGGAGUAUACUGAAUUGGUCACUUCGUUGCUGGGAAAAACUCCUGAAAAUUCUUCGAAGCAACAGGGCACUGAACUUGUGGAACGCUGCUUGACCUCUGAUGUAAUUAGGUUCAUCUUUGAAACACUUCAUUCACAGAAUGAGCUUCUGGCUAAUCAUCCAAAUUCCCGCAUUUAUAAUACUUUAAGUGGUUUGGUGGAAUUUGAUGGUUACUAUCUUGAGAGUGAGCCUUGUGUGGCCUGCAGCUCUCCGGAGGUGUCAUAUAAUAGGAUGAAGUUAGAAAGUUUGAAGUCAGAAACGAAAUUUACUGACAACCGAAUCAUAGUGAAAUGCACUGGGAGUUACACCAUUCAGACUGUAACCAUGAAUGUCCAUGACGCUCGCAAGUCCAAGUCUGUGAAAGUUUUAAAUCUAUACUACAAUAACCGUCCUGUUGCUGAUUUAUCUGAGUUAAAAAAUAAUUGGUCCUUGUGGAAACGUGCCAAGAGUUGCCAUCUUGUUUUCAACCAAACUGAGCUAAAAGUGGAGUUUCCCAUUCCAAUCACUGCGUGUAACUUCAUGAUUGAGCUGGAUUCUUUCUACGAAAAUCUUCAGGCGUUAUCCCUUGAGCCAUUGCAGUGUCCGCGUUGCAGUCGGCCAGUCACUGAUAAGCAUGGGAUCUGUAGCAAUUGCCAUGAGAAUGCAUAUCAAUGCAGGCAAUGUCGCAACAUCAAUUAUGAGAAUUUAGAUUCUUUUCUGUGCAAUGAGUGCGGGUAUAGCAAAUAUGGUCGUUUUGAGUUCAACUUCAUGGCGAAGCCAAGUUUUACAUUUGAUAAUAUGGAGAAUGAUGACGAUAUGAAGAGAGGGUUGGCUGCAAUAGAAUCUGAAUCUGAAAAUGCUCACAGGAGGUAUCAGCAACUUUUGGGCUUCAAAAAGCCCCUACUUAAGAUUGUGUCGAGCAUUGGUGAACAUGAAAUGGAUUCACAACAGAAGGACUCUGUCCAGCAGAUGAUGGUUUCUUUGCCUGGGCCUUCGUGCAAGAUAAACCGUAAAAUUGCCCUCCUUGGUGUUCUAUAUGGUGAGAAGUGCAAAGCUGCUUUUGAUUCUGUUAGCAAAAGUGUUCAGACACUGCAGGGGCUUCGUCGGGUUUUGAUGAAUUACUUGCACCAGAAACACUCUGACAAUGCAGAUCUCACGGCAAGACUUGUGGUUUCUAGAUCUCCUAAUAAUUGCUAUGGCUGUGCCACUACAUUUGUGACUCAGUGCCUGGAGAUAUUGCGUGUGCUAUCAAAGCAUUCCAAGUGCAAGAAACAACUUGUUUCAGCUGGCAUCCUAUCUGAGUUGUUUGAGAACAACAUUCAUCAAGGUCCAAAAGCAGCUCGUGUCCAAGCCAGGGCAGUGCUUUCUGCUUUCUCCGAGGGUGAUAUUAAUGCGGUGACUCAGUUGAAUACUUUAAUGCAGAAGAAAGUCAUGUAUUGCCUUGAGCAUCAUCGCUCCAUAGAUAUUGCCCUGGCCUCUCGUGAGGAAUUGUUAUUGCUGUCUGAAGUGUGUUCGCUAGCUGAUGAGUACUGGGAAUCAAGGUUACGUGUUGUUUUUCAGCUGUUAUUUUCUUCCAUUAAAGUGGGUGUCAAACAUCCUGCAAUAUCUGAGCAUAUCAUACUGCCUUGUCUGAGAAUUAUAUCUCAAGCAUGUACUCCUCCAAAACCUGAGACAGUAGAUAAAGAGCAAGUUAUUGGGAAAUCUGCUUCAGCAGCUCAGGAGGAUGAAAAUAACUCAAAUCUAUCUGGGUCGAGUGGUGCUGCUAGUGGCAACAAGUACGUAAUGGAAACUGCAGAAAAAAAUUGGGAUACUUCUCACAAGACUCAGGAUCUCCAAUUAUUGAGUUAUUCUGAGUGGGAGAAGGGAGCUUCAUAUCUUGAUUUUGUUAGAAGGCAGUACAGAGUUUCUAAGGCAGUCAAGGGUGCUGGCCAGAGGUCUCGGACACAGAAACAUGACUAUGUGGCCCUCAAAUAUGCACUUAGAUGGAAGCGUCGUGCUUGUAAGACAACUAAAGGUGACUUGCCUGCAUUUGAGCUGGGAGCAUGGGUUACAGAACUUGUUCUUAGUGCCUGUUCUCAGUCUAUAAGGUCAGAGAUGUGCACACUAAUCAAUUUACUGUGCACCCAGAGUUCAUCUAGACAAUUUCGGUUGUUGAACUUGCUAAUGAAUUUGCUACCAGCUACUCUUGCUGCUGGUGAAAGCGCUGCGGAGUAUUUUGAAUUGUUCUUCAAGAUGAUUGAUUCAGAAGAUGCUCGGCUGUUCUUGACAGUACGUGGAUGUUUAACUACGAUUUGUAAACUGGUUGCUGAAGAAGUGGGUAAUAUUGAAUCUCUAGAAAGGAGUCUGCGUAUUGAUAUUUCGCAAGGGUUUAUCCUUCACAAGCUUAUAGAGCUCCUAGGCAAAUUUUUAGAGGUCAAAAAUAUUAGAUCCAGAUUCAUGCGAGACAAUUUGCUGUCUGAAGUCCUUGAGGCCCUUAUUGUCAUUCGUAGCUUGAUUGUUCAGAAGACAAAGUUGAUUAGCGAUUGCAAUCGGCUUCUCAAAGAUCUUUUAGAUGGUCUUCUGCUUGAAAGUAGUGAAAAUAAACGUCAGUUCAUCCGGGCCUGUAUCUGUGGUCUGCAAAUCCAUGGAGAGGGGAGGAAAGACCGAACUUGUUUGUUUAUCCUGGAGCAGCUCUGUAACUUGAUCUGCCCAUCAAAACCCGAGUCUGUGUAUUACUUGGUUUUAAACAAGGCACACACACAAGAAGAGUUCAUCAGGGGUUCAAUGACGAAAAAUCCAUAUUCAAGUGCUGAGAUUGGUCCUCUAAUGCGCGAUGUCAAAAAUAAGAUAUGCCAUCAAUUGGAUCUGUUAGGCCUUCUUGAAGAUGACUAUGGCAUGGAGUUGCUAGUAGCCGGGAACAUUAUAUCUCUUGAUUUGAGCAUUGCGCAAGUGUAUGAGCAAGUCUGGAAAAAGUCAAAUAAUCAAUCAAGCAGCACGGGAAAUUCUAGCUUGUUAUCCUCUAGUGCUGCAGCAUCAGCUCGAGAUUGCCUCCCGAUGACAGUGACUUACAGGCUUCAGGGAUUGGAUGGUGAAGCUACUGAGCCGAUGAUUAAAGAGUUGGAGGAAGAUAGAGAGGAGUCACAAGACCCAGAGGUUGAGUUUGCAAUAUCUGGUGCCGUUCGCGAGUAUGGUGGGCUGGAAAUUUUAUUGGGCAUGAUACAGCGUUUGAGAGAUGAUUUUAAGUCCAAUCAAGAUCAGUUAGUUGCUGUUCUUAAUCUCCUCAUGCACUGCUGCAAAAUAAGGGAGAACAGACGGGCCUUGUUAAGGCUGGGAGCUUUAGCUCUACUUCUUGAAACAGCAAGGCGUGCGUUCUCUGUCGAUGCCGUGGAGCCGGCUGAAGGAAUUCUUUUAAUUGUUGAGAGCCUCACGUUGGAAGCAAAUGAAAGUGAUAAUAUUAACAUUACAAACAGUGUUCUUACUUUUACUAGUGAGGAAACUGGGACUGGUGAAGAGGCCAAGAAAAUUGUUCUUAUAUUCCUAGAAAGGUUAUGCCAUCCUUCAGGCCUUAAGAAAUCUAACAAACAGCAAAGGAACACUGAGAUGGUUGCUAGAAUCUUACCUUAUCUGACAUAUGGUGAACCUGCUGCUAUGGAAGCACUUAUCGAGCAUUUUAAUCCGUACUUGCAAAAAUGGGGUGAAUUUGAUCAGUUGCAAAAGAAGCAUCAAGAAAACUCGAAAGAUGAGGGCAUUGUCCAAGAAGCAGCCAAGCAGAGGUUUACAGUGGAAAAUUUUGUUAGAGUUUCAGAAUCACUUAAAACGAGUUUAUGUGGGGAAAGGUUGAAGGACAUUAUUUUAGAAAUGGGUAUAACAGGUGUUGCUGUUGGACACCUAAGGGAGAGUUUCCCAGCUGCAGGGCAGGCUGGCUUCAAAUCUAGUACAGAAUGGUCAUUGGGAUUAAAAUUGCCAUCUAUCCCACAUAUAUUAUCUAUGUUGAGGGGCUUAUCUGCAGGACAUUUGGCCACUCAAAGGUGCAUCGAUCAGGGAGGAAUUCUACCAUUGCUUCAUGCCUUGGAAGGAGUGUCUGGGGAAAAUGAGAUUGGAGCAAGGGCUGAAAACUUAUUGGAUACUUUGUCCAAUAAAGAGGGAGAUGGAGAUGGAUUCUUGGAGGAGAAGGUGUGUGCAUUGCGGCAUGCAACUAGGGAUGAGAUGAGGAGUCGAGCUUUGAGGAGGAGAGUGGAAUUGCUUCAGGGACUUGGAAUGCACCAGGAAUUAGCUUCAGAUGGUGGUGAACGAAUUGUUGUCUCCCAGCCACUUCUGGAAGGUUUGGAAGAUGUACAGGAAGAGGAAGAUGGGUUAGCAUGCAUGGUGUGCCGUGAAGGUUACAGUUUGAGGCCUACAGACUUAUUGGGUGUCUACUCUUAUAGCAGGCGUGUAAAUCUGGGUGUUGGAGCUUCAGGCAGUGCUCGUGGGGAGUGUGUCUAUACUACUGUCAGUUACUUCAAUAUUAUCCAUUUUCAAUGCCACCAGGAGGCCAAAAGAGCGGAUGCUGCUCUGAAGAAUCCUAAGAAAGAGUGGGACGGGGCAACCUUGAGAAACAAUGAAUCUCUUUGCAAUUCCUUAUUCCCUGUGAGAGGUCCAUCAGUUCCACUAGCUCAGUAUGUUCAUUAUGUUGACCAGUACUGGGAUAACCUUAACGCUCUUGGACGUGCUGAUGGGAGCAGGCUCAGGCUUUUGACUUACGAUAUUGUUCUGAUGCUAGCUCGAUUUGCGACAGGGGCAUCAUUCAGUGCAGAAUGUAGAGGCGGUGGAAGGGAAAGCAAUUCUCGAUUUCUUCCCUUCAUGAUUCAAAUGGCUCGUCACCUUCUUGAACAAGGGAGCCCUUCCCACCGCCGUAGUAUGGCGAAGGCUGUCUCAACAUAUAUAGCUGCUUCAGAUUCAAGACCAUCCACACCUGGCGCACAACCUUCUGCUGGAACAGAAGAAACCGUCCAAUUCAUGAUGGUAAAUUCACUUCUAUCGGAGUCCUAUGAAUCCUGGUUGCAAUAUCGUUGUGCCUUCCUGCAGCGUGGAAUAUAUCAUGCAUACAUGCAGCAUACUCAUGGCCGGUCAACUGCUCGAGCAUCAUCUGCUUCAGCAAAUAUAGUCAGAAUUGAAUCAGGAAGCACUAGCGUAAGCCCUACAGCAGAAAUGAGUGGUGGUGACGACCUAUUGUCAAUUGUUCGUCCAAUGCUUGUCUACACUGGUUUGAUUGAGCAGCUGCAACGAUUUUUCAAGGUAAAAAAAUCAGCAAACGUGGCUUCUGUCAGAGCAGAAGGAAUUUGCAUGGGAUCGGAGGGGGAGGAUGAAAGUGAAAGCAUGGAAUGUUGGGAGGUCGUGAUGAGAGAGCGGCUGUUGAACGUGAAGGAAAUGUUGGGGUUUUCGAAGGAGUCGUUGUCAUGGCUUGAUGAUAUGAAUUCUGCCUCCGAUUUGCAGGAGGCGUUUGACAUUAUUGGUGUUUUGGCUGAUGUAUUAUCUGGGGAGGUCACAAAGUGUGAGGACUUUGUGCAUGCUGCAAUUAGUGCGGGGAAAUGUUGAGAAUUGAGAACCAAAGUUGGAGCAUGAUUUGAGCAUGUUUGUACAAGUGUAACAUGAUUGUCAUUAGUAUUACAUCAAACAAAAAAGGACUCCAGUCCUCAUAUGCAUAUAUAUAUAUAUGUGAACAAUCUGUACACGUGUUGCUCCAUCGUUAAUAAUUCAUUUUUCCUCGUAGUCAUUGUAUUGUGUUAUGCUAAUGUAGAAUUCGAAUUUUUUCUUGUUA